CAUUUUCUGGGUGUCUACUUUUAUCUAUAAUUAUACUUAUAUUUAUAAAAUAAGUAUAAAAAUCUUAUACUUCUUUAUGUCUCUUAUAAUAUUAUAUUGCUUGUGUAAUAUUAUAAUAGACAUAAAGAAGUAUAAGAUACAUUACCAUUCAUUAUUGGGUGAAGGGGUAUCUCCAUUCAAAUAAAUGACAUUUGGUAUCAAUCCCUCUUCCUCUAUGAUUUUUACCUUGAGAUUUGUUAAUAUCAUCAUAGUGAGGACAUAAUUCUUUUAACUGUUAUAAAGAGUUAUAAUUGACCAAGUCUAUACCUUUAAUAGGUGCCUAAAGAACCUACCCUCAUGACUCUAAUUUGCUAGAAUAGAAAAGACUGUCUUUAUAGGCCCUCUGUCAAGUAGACUUUCGGUGGGGCCUAGAUAAGAUGAAGCAGGCUCUCUCCUUUCUUUUAAUAGUAACUGAUUGUAAACAUGCAAGAAAAUCUGUCCAAGAAGAGGCUAUGAUUCCACUACAACUCCCCUUCAAACAUAUAUGAUGAGGCUAGUAGAUAAGCAUAGUAAUGACAAUAGUAUUUUUGAGACUGAUACAACUUUUCCAACUUAAAUGCAGGCAUGCCUGAGAAUUUACAUUUACUUAUGCCUCGGAUCUUCCAAGAGCAUAGUCAAGAUUCUCAAGUUUUAAUUACUGAAUCCAUUUUACAUUCUUAUGCAAUAAAAAAUGAAGUCAAUAAUAAGUAUAGACUGAAAUUAUAUCCAUCAUCUUAAGAGAUUUAACUUUUAACUGGGAAUGUGCCUGCUUCGUAAAACCUUGCCAUUAGCCAAGUGUGGUAAAGUGAAAUUAUAUUUAUAAAACAUUUUUAAGUGUUAUGGUAUUGAUUAUUUUAAAUUAUUGUUUAGCUUAUAUUUUCUGUAUGAGUAAAGGCAUUAUCCUAUAUUUAAAGUACAUGAAGGAUUAACUGAUUCUCAAUGUCAUUCACUUACGAAGCAGGACUUCCUCUAAGGCAGAAGCUGAAAUUGAGAAGGAAACACUAGAUUAGAUCAAACAUGAGAAAUCUGUGUUUCUUGUCCUUAAUAAUAUUUGUAAAAAGCUGUCUAGGUGGGAAAUCUGAAGUACAAUGUUAAGAUGGUUCUUUCGAAUGGGACCAUAUGGAACCUGGGGAGUAACAGAAGGUUAAUUUGAGAUUCUAGCAUCAUGAUUACUAAAUUAGACAUCUUCUUCCACUAGGUGGCAUCUUACAGUAACAAGCCUUAAUAGAUUUGAGAUUUUUGCUUGUUUGAUUUUUAGAUGAGUAGAGAGAUAUAUACAUACAUAAAUUGAUUGACUUGACUGAGCACUUCUAAGUCUCGGAAUUUACUAUUAAAAUCUCAUGAAAAAGACAACAAAUACAAACAUAUACAUAUAUAAUUUAAUUACUGAAGCAUUAUAUAGCACACAAUCUAAUGAGAUAAUACAUUAAGUAAAUUAGAAUAUUUGUAUUAAAUAAUAGCUGUUCAAAGUAUGUUGCAGAGAAUUAUUUUGACAUGGAAAAUGGUUCAUGAUAUAUGAUAGAGCUAGUUAAACAAACAGUAUUUUUCACACAAUUUUUAUAAUGCUGAUCUAUAUGAAAUAGAUAAACAGCAAAAACGUAUAACUGCACAAUUAUUAAAAAUGAUCACUUUUGUUUGCAUGUUUCAAGAUGUCAUCUCUUUAGUCCUUUAACUGGAGUUUCAUGUUUUUCUAAGAUUUUAAAACUUGCAAUCAAAAUCUCAUACAAAGUACAUAUCCCAUUGCUUCCACAAGGGACCACACGAAAUCUAAAAUGUUCAAGAUUUUAUAAUUUUCUAAAUAAGAAUAAAAGCAAGAAAAUAAUACAAACCUGUUGAUUAAUAAGGUAAUAGAAUUACAAACGUGUUUUUCACCAAAAAUAAAAUAAUAAAUAUCAAAACCAUUUUCUAUAAUGCUAAUGACACUAUAAAGGAAGUCAGUUAAGUUCUAUUAUUUUCAGAAGUAACCUUGAGAAAGUAUUAUUCCCUGUCACAAUUUGUAUACUUUCUCAAAUCGUAUGCUCUUGUUUUUGAUGGAGAAUACCAGAAAUUCAUGCUGUCCUCAUGAUAAAUACAAACGAUCAUGAUAAAAAUAUAAAUUAUUAAAAUCCAAUAAAACCUAGGUAAAUAUAAAUAUUGGCUUAUAAAUAUAAUUCUUUAUUAAAAGUGUUAUCGCUUUUGGAGGCAAUGGCUGUUUUGUGAUUGAAGUGGGGAAUAUACAAAGGGAGCUGAAACAUCUGGUCAUAUCAGAAGGAAGGAACUGCUCAAAUAUUAUGGUAACAUAUUAAAAAGAAAGAGGAGCAAGCUUAGAAGGCCCAAAUGUAGGAAAGUUGGCACCAAAAAAAUUAUAAGAAUGAAGUACAACCCAUUGAAUUAAAAAAAUCCAUGAGUCUAUACUGAUAGAUAGAUGAUAGAUAACAGGUAGGUAAAUAGAUAAUAGAUAAAUGAAUGUAGCAUUUUUAUAUUAAAAUUGCCAUCUAAAAAUGUAAAAGCAAUUACAUAGUUAGAACAACACAUUUUGGACCAUUACUAAUAAUUGAGUUAGGCAAGAUAAUCAAUGGAUACUAAAAUAGUGAAGUUAUGAGGAACAAACUACAUAUAUAAUAACUUUAAUGGGUACUCCAGAAACUAAUUAGGAAAAAAUAACAAACACACAAUGGAGAUAUCUGGGAAGCAUCAUCUUCACCAAGUGAUCCAAGUUAGCUUCACACCAAUAAUAGGCCAAAUUAGCAUCAUAUUCUUGCUUAGAAUACACACAGAAGAAUACUAUUUUUCCUGCAGAAAGUGAAUGAUUUGAACAAAAACUUUGAGGAAUAUUGUACACUCUUAAAUUGUUGGACAUUAUGCUGAAGAACUCUUCAAAACAUCAGUAUUCAGAAAUGCACAAAAAGGCUGAGUAAAUAUUAUAGAUGCAGGAGACUAAAGACAGAUGACAAUAGAUAUAAUGCAUAAUCUUGGAUUAGGUCCUGAACUUGUGUGGUUGGAGGGAGAAUAUUGUAUAUUAGAGAAAAGAAAUGUGUCAAUGCAAUAUUAAAUUUUCUGAUUUUAAUACUUACAUUGUGGUCAAGCUAGUGGGAAUUAGUUUUUUCUUACUAAGAAAAAUCAGAAAUUUAAAGUUAAAUAUUAUGCCUACACUUCAAUCUCAAAUGGUUCAAAAAAUAAAAAUUGUAUAAAGAUAAUAAGACUAAUAAUAAUGUUAACACAUGCUGAAUCUGCAUGAAAAUAAGUGGGAGUUCUUUGCAAAAUUUGUGACACUGUCUGCAAGUUUAAAUUUAUUUCAUAAUUAAAUUCUAGAAACAGGUAACAAAUCUUGGGAACUUGAAGGGGCAUAUCUAAUAGGGACAAAGACACAGCCUUUAUCUUGGUUCAUUUUCAGACAAAAGUUCAAAUUUUUUUACUUUUCUAUCAUACUUCAGUUCUUGACAGACUGCCAUUAAGGAAUGGGAGGCAACCAAUCAUGGGUCACAGAAUUCAUCCUGGUGGGAUUCCAGCUCAGUGCAGAGAGGGAACUGCUCCUCUUCUGGAUCUUCUCCCUGUUAUAUAUUUUCAGCCUGAUGGCAAAUGGCAUGAUCUUGGGACUCAUCUUUCUAGACCCCAGUCUGCACACCCCCAUGUACUUCUUCCUCUCACACCUGGCGAUUAUCGACAUGUCCUAUGCUUCCAACAAUGUUCCCAAGAUGUUGGCAAAUCUGCUGAAUGAGAAAAGAACCAUCUCUUUUGUUUCAUGCAUACUGCAGACAUUCUUGUAUUUGGCUUUUGCUGCUACUGAGUGCUUGAUUUUGGUGGUGAUGUCCUAUGAUAGGUAUGUGGCCAUCUGCCACCCUCUCCAGUACACUAUCAUUAUGACCUGGAGAGUGUGCAUGAUGUUGGCUUUCAUGUCCUGGUCAUGUGGGCUUGCCCUGUCCCUGGUACAUGCAAUUCUCCUUCUAAGGUUGCCCUUCUGUGGGCCCCUCCAUGUGAACCACCUCUUCUGUGAAAUUCUGUCUAUCCUCAAGCUGGCCUGUGCUGACACCUGGGUUAACCAAGUGGUCAUAUUUGCUGCCUGUGUGUUUGUCUUGGUCGGGCCUCUUUGUCUGAUGCUGGCCUCCUACAUGCACAUCCUCUGGGCCAUCCUGAAGAUGCAGACAAAGGAGGGCCGCAGAAAGGCCUUCUCUACCUGCUCCUCCCACCUGUGUGUGGUUGGACUCUUCUUUGGCAUAGCCAUGGUGGUCUAUAUGGUCCCAGACUCUAAUCAACGAGAGGAGCAGGAGAAAAUGCUGUCCCUGUUUCACAGUCUCUUUAACCCAGUGCUGAACCCCUUGAUCUACAGCCUGAGGAAUGCUCAGGUGAAGGGUGCCCUCCACAGAGCACUGCAGAGAAUGAGGUCUAUGAAAGGAGUGGACAGAGUGUUAGUUGGAUAGGGCUUUGCUUUUAAACCUAUGGUUUGCUCAAGCAAAAACUGAGAAUUUCUUUCCAGUUAGAAGUUUGAUAUGAAUAUGUUAAUUUUUCUAAUUCUAGCUCUGAAAAUAGGACAAGGUUACAGUGAAAAAAUAACAUAUUAUGUUUUACACUACCCUUCCCACUGAAAACUCUAUGGAGUGUGAACCCAGUUUCUGGAUUAAAUUUCUUGUUGAGAGUCACUCCUAUUUGGAGAGUGGAAGACAUCGAAAAGCUAUUUUCCUUUGGAAUUUGCAUCAUUUUCUCAGCAUUUUAUUGCAAAUCUCCCAUUUUGAAAGAAAAGCAAAAUAAAAGCAAGCAAAAAGCAAUAUAGUUUAGAAUGCAUAUAAAUAAA